UUCAACACACGUGUCUUGCUACGAGACAUUCGUCCCUGCCAGUCGCAGCACUAUUCACCUCCAGCUCUCGAGAUGCGAAUCGUCACGCUCGUCAUUAUUGGCAUCGUCCUCCUAACAGAUGCUACUCGAAGUGUAACAAGCACAGCAGAGGCAGCUGCUAACACCACAACUGAAGCGCCCACAACUGCUAAGGCCACAACUGCAACGCCCACGACUUCUGACGUCACAACUGCAGGUCCCACGACUUCUAACGCCACAACUGCAGGUCCCACAACUGCAGGUCCCACAACUGCAGGUCCCACAACUGCAGGUCCCACGACUUCUAAUGCCACAACUGCAGGUCCCACAACUGCAGGUCCCACGACUGCAGGUCCCACGACUGCAGGUCCCACGACUUCUAAUGCCACGAAUACCACGACUGCAGCUCCUGUUAAGCCCACAACUGAAGCGCCUGUCAAGCCAACAACAGCACCUUUCAGUAAGGCCUACCAGUACAACGUCACCGGAAUGGUACACAACAAAUCGGAGGUUUGCCUGAGGCUGGAGACCGCACUGAAGUUUAACAUCUCCUACAUGAGCACGCGUACCAACAAAACAGCUUACUUUCCUGUCGUCUUCGUUCACAACAAAAAGACUAAAGUGUCUGGACAUUGCGGUACUCAUGUCAAUAAUAACAAAUCUCGUCUUGCAAUGUCGGACAUCACCAUCGUGUACGAUGACAUCUACACCGUCACGUUCACGUACACUUAUAAUGGUUCGAUGGGGGAUGGAAAAUGGUUUCAAAGUGAUGUGAAAUUCACAUACGAUUUAAGGAUGGUUUCUGAUGUGAAGAACCCGAAUGAGAUUAUUACUGUGCAUAACUCGACUAGGCAGCAUGCUGUGGGUGGUGAUUAUUCGUUGACUUGUAACGCGCAACGGUCACUCGGCUUGAAUGAUACGAUGAAGAAGCAGUUGGUGGUGAUGGUGAUUAAGGAUAUGCACGUGCAAGCGUUUAAUGUCACAGCUGGUGGUGACUUUUCCUCUGAUGCUCACUGUCCUGCGGACAACAGUACCAACAACAUCGUUCCUAUUGCAGUCGGCUGUGCUCUCGCUGCACUCGUUCUUAUCGUUCUCAUAGCAUAUCUUAUCGGACGGAAGCGCAACAGCCAAGCGGGCUACCAAUCUGUCUAGUGAACGCAUCAGGAACACAUUAGGGGGCACUUAUUUGAGACCAACAGCAUGAGCUUGUCUGUGGCGUUAUAUUAGCAGAGUACUGUGUGACUGUCUUGUACUAGUAUGGAGUUUAGUCAAUUUGUAGUACGGUCUCACAAACUGUUAUUUAUGUCUCUUGUGUUGAAUGGCUCUUGUUGACUAGAUGUUGGUAUCCUCUAGUGAGCGUGGAAAUACGACUAAAUGGUCUUUGA